GCUUGGUGGCGUCCGUUUUGCUGGAGUCGCGCGCUAGUACCAGGAAAGCAUAUCUGGAAGUGCGCGGAGGGGGAGAAGGGGGGGGGGGGGGGGGGUGGGGAGCUUGGGGUGCAAGCCUAUGGCGUGUGGAUAAGAUAUCUGCCGGGCACAACAAAAGUCCGUGAUAGUGCGAACAGCCCUCCACGGGAGAAGAGAACGAAGCCCGUUUUGGAAACGCUGCUGCAGUACCCGUGUCGUCGAGAACAUAAAAAAAGGAAAGCAGUGAAGCAUGGAAUUUCAGGAAGGGGAUGCGCAUACCAGUUCAGCAAAAAGCAGUACAAAUCCACUUGCCCCGGUUUUAAAUGAUAACUCUCAUUCAUCGGAACAUCCACACAAUGAAGUAGAAUCAGAAUUGGCUCAAGCAUCUUGUACGGCAUCCCCGUUUACAGCAGGGGCAUCAUCAGAUGAAAAUCUGCGUUCCGUGUCCUCAGAACAGAGCCCCGAACAAGUUAAACCUUCCUCCGCCCGCAGCAUUGAUCUUGUAAGAAGAAAUGCCAACACGUGCCACAGAACAGCAAAGUAUCCCAAGUAUGCCUCUGAAGAUGCAAGACGAGCAACAAUGACCAACUUUCCCCGGGAAAAAUUCCAAGACGUUGAGUCGCUGGUAGCUGCUGGCUUUUUUUAUGAUGGGUACAUGGACAGGGUGAUAUGCUUCAGCUGUGGUGGUGCUCUGUUCCACUGGGACGAACACGACGAUCCACUUAUAGAGCAUGUCCGGUGGUAUCCAGACUGCGCUUACGUCCUUCUUUGUCUGGGACCGCAAGAAAAUGCCGAGAUAUCCAAGCGACAACAAGAUGUUCUAGAAACGAACGAGAGAGAAGAAUAUGAAGUACAAGAAAUCGACGAGGUCAUCGCAAGAAAUAUAGACUCGUCAUGCCUGGAGUUCUACCAAAAGUUUAACAUAACCCAAGAUACUUUUAGGAAGGCAGUCAGAAUGCUGUUGAAGAAAGGAGUUCCGAUUGCGGGCAUUGAAAAGAGUCACAUAGAAGAAUCGCUGAAAGAAAUCACCAGGAUAUCAAAGAACGAUGUGAAGGUGACCAAAAAGCAGGCCAGUUCAUCGGUACAAAACCCGUGCGCUGUGUGCUUGGACGACGAAAAGAGCGUGCUGUUCCUACCCUGCCAACACCUGGUAGCGUGCGUGAACUGCGCAUCAGCCGUCGACACCUGUCCCAUGUGCAGAACUCCAAUCAAGAGCGCCAUCAGGGCCUUUUUCUGCUAAUGAUUAUGAAUGUAUCGAAUCUGCCUAAGAGAUAACGGUGGAGCGUUGCACCCCGACGUCAUGACACCCUCAACUCCUAUCGCGAAGGGAGGAUCCACACUGAGUUAAGCACCCCUUGAACAUACCGUAAAGCAAUUUUAAUUAUUUUAAUGUGUUCUCAUUCAAUCAAACGGCCAAAAAAAAAAAAAGACUGGUUGCUGCGAUAGUCAAGAAGAGACUUGUUGGAUGGAAGUUCGUGUCCUCCUCUGGGGGUUACUUUUAGCGCGAGUACGCCAACGUGCCAACGUUGGCGUCAUUCUGUGCAUGCCAACGUUCUGAGAAUCACUAACCUGACUGAUGUUUAAAAAAUGCCAAACUGAAUAAGAUGACUAAGCCAAUGGAGUGCACGCCAAACUUGGUAAUUGAAGACAUUAAAUCCGACUGUAACUAUUACGAUUGCCAUUUUGUCCUAUAUUGUAGAUAUGAUGCUUUAGUCUGGUGAGUUUCCUGAAGAAUUAAAAAUAGCCGAAUUAACCCCUGCGUAUGAGGGAGGCACAGACAAAUGUUAUAAUUAGAGAAAAAAUUUUGUUCUUCCGGUAUUCUGAUAUAAUUUCGAGCGCCUUAUCAGUGACAGGUUAAGAUAUUUUUUCAGAAGCAUCAAAUAUUAGCGCAGUUUCAAUCUGGUUCACAGAAGAAUAAGCCAGCAGAAUAAGCACUGAUUGACGUCAAGAAUAGAAGUGUUAGACUUUUUUUAUCCAAGUUGUUCAACUUCGGUAUUAUAUGUAUCAUACCAAAGUUGUAUGUAUGUAUGUAUAUGUAUGUAUCAUAUCAUAAAGUAAGAUACUGUGCAACACAAUAUUUUAAUAAAAAAGCUUGAAUUCUAUGGUGUACGAGGAGUUACGCUAUGACUAAUAUAAAACAUAUCUUAGAGAUCUUUAUCAAUACGUAUAUAGAUAUUGCAAUCGGAAGUGCUUCCAACACACCUUUGACCUGUGCUUUGCUUUGUUUUUAUUGUGUUACUUUGUUUCUGUUCAAUCUUAGCAUUGACUUGUGGGCCAAAGUGAAGACCUCCGGGUUGUUUUUGGGCAAAUAAAAAUCAAGAUUAUUAUUA